AACAGUAUAGGUACUGGAGGAAAGUAGAACAUCAUAAGUUUAUUUACAUCCAGCAGAGGCGAUAAUCGCAGUCUAAUGACGACGAGUCUGUUCUCUUAUCAGCGGAGAAAUUAUUCGAUUGAGAAUUCAAGAACAAAGAGACGUGAAUAAGUUGCUGCGCUUCAAGGCGAUUCGCACUUUACUACAAUCAGUAUUCAUUGUGCUGUCGAACGGAUAAUCGGAAUAUUGUGGUAAAAUAAUCAGAGUGCAAUGCACAGUAAUGUACUUGCGGGAGGCUUGGCUCUUUUGGUGUUAUUAGUGCAAAAUCAGUAUGCUGAUGGUCAGGUGUUCUACUAUCAACCGGAGCAGGUGCAUCUGGCGUUCGGGGAGUCUACGAGUGAGAUUGUGGUAACAUGGAGUACUAUGACGGCCACGAAUGAGUCGGUGGUUGAGUACGGGAUUGGAGGAUACGCGUUGAGUGAAACCGGAACGGAGGAGACAUUCGUGGAUGGUGGUGCGAAUAAGCACACUCAGUACAUCCAUCGGGUUGUACUGCGUGAUCUACAGCCGUCAUCACGUUAUGAGUACCACUGCGGCAGUCAAGUGGGAUGGUCACCGGCGUUCUACUUCCACACGGUGCCGGAGGGAUCCGAUUGGUCUCCAUCUUUAGCCAUUUUUGGCGACAUGGGUAACGAAAAUGCCCAAUCGAUGGCACGUCUUCAGGAGGAUACCCAGCGGCAUAUGUACGAUGCGAUUCUACAUGUUGGGGACUUUGCUUACGAUAUGAAUUCGGACAACGCACUGGUUGGAGAUCAGUUUAUGAAUCAGAUCCAAUCGAUUGCUGCAUACACUCCGUACAUGGUGUGUGCUGGGAAUCACGAGGAGAAAUAUAAUUUCUCCAACUAUCGAGCACGGUUCAGCAUGCCCAGCGGAACAGAGAACAUGAUGUAUAGCUUCAAUCUGGGUCCGGUGCACUUCAUCGGUUUCUCCACCGAGGUGUACUACUUCCUGAACUACGGUCUGAAGACGUUGAUCAACCAGUACGAGUGGCUGCGACAAGAUCUGGAGGAAGCUAACCGGCCGGAAAACCGCGCCCAACGUCCAUGGAUAGUCACCUACGGACACCGGCCAAUGUACUGCAGCAAUGAUAACGAUAACGAUUGCACCCAUAGUGAAACGCUGGUGCGCGUGGGUCUGCCUUUCUCGCACUGGUUCGGCCUGGAGGAUCUGUUCUACGAGUACGGCGUGGACGUGGAGAUCUGGGCGCACGAGCACUCGUAUGAGCGGUUGUGGCCCAUCUACGACUACAAGGUCUACAACGGUUCCCACGAGGAACCGUACCGCAACCCGCGGGCUCCGGUCCAUCUGGUAACCGGGUCGGCCGGCUGCAAGGAGGGCCGCGAGCCGUUCCUCCGCAAAAUACCCGAAUGGAGUGCACUGCACAGCCGUGACUACGGUUACACACGCAUGAAGGCCCACAACCGGACGCAUCUUUACUUCGAGCAGAUUUCCGUCGACAAGGAGGGAGCUGUCAUCGAUUCGUUCACCAUCGUCAAGGACCAACACGUCCCGUACCGGCAGCUAUUCGAGGAUGGAACGAAUAAUUAGGGGUGAACACAUUUCUUUCGUUUGAUGGUUCUUGAAAUAUGUAUUUUAUUAUUUCUUAGGAUUCUAGUUGAUUUAGAUGCUUAAUUAAGGAAGGUAUAUGGUUACCCAUUUAACACUCUGUAGAUCUGAACCCUCACCAAUUUCCUAGUCGGAAAAUAAAACUGAAUAUCAAUAACUAUGCAUUAUCACAGUUUCAUGUUUAAA